AUGUCAAUCGAAACCAGCAGAAGGAUUUCGGGAAUAAAGACUCAACUCCCUCCUUGUUGCUUGCAAAUUCAUGAAGAUAAUACUGUGCUCAUUGGAACGUACCAGCUCGAGAAAGAAUCUGGAACUAGACAUGGAAGUGUAGAGGUAUACAAGUUUGAUCAAGAAAACCUAGCAAAAGUGAGUACAAUUCACACAGCAGGUGCUGUAUUAGAUAUUAAGAUAAAUCCUCAUGACAGCAGCAAUGUUGUGACCGCCCAUUCUACUGGGAACUUGAUGGUCUGGAAAUAUGAGAAUGGUUCCAUCUCUGAGAUCAACGACAUGCAUAUAUUUGAACCGGAUACACUUGUCACGUCCAUAUUCUUCCUGCCGUUAUCAGCCAACCUUCUAUUAGCUACACUCACUACAGGGGAGCUGGCCAUUAUAAAUAUUGAGACUGGUACCCUCACAAUGUUGCACACACAGCAUAACCUCGAGUGCUGGACUGGCUCGUUUGGAGAAGUAGGUCAGUUGCAGAAUGUAGUUUACACUGGAGGUGACGAUGCAAGGGCUAUAGCACACGAUUUGAGGACAAAUGAAAUGAUUUGGUCUACCAAUACUCGACACCAUACUGCAGGAGUUGUGUCUAUCCUAAGUCCAGGUCCAAAUUGGAACCUGUCCAAUGGUAGCCAAAUUUGGACUGGAUCGUACGACGAUCAUUUGCGUGUGUUCGAUCUUAGAGUAACCGAUAAAGUAAAUCCUGCUUUGAUGGUGGGGAUUUUUCCAAGAGCAUUAAAAGAAGAGAAUUUGGGUGGUGGGGUCUGGAGAUUGAUACCAAGUAAGGUGGAUAGGGAUGAUAGAGUGUUGAUUUGCUGCAUGUACGAUGGAGCUAGAAUUGCUCAACCAGAUAGCGAAAAUGAUUUCAGUGUCACAAGGUACUUCAAAGGAGAUCAUGAGAGUAUGUGCUAUGGAGGAGACUGGACAAAUGAGGGCGAAAGGGUAGUUACGUGCUCAUUUUACGAUAAUAUAGUACAGACCUGGAGCCCAGAUUUGAUAGAAUAA